CACGGUUUCACCAUGAGAGUCAAAACCGAGAAUAAAAGUUUCACUUCAACUCAGUAAAAUCAGAUCAAAUAAAGAAAAGUGAGCGGAUCAGAAGCAGUGAGUGAAGCAGUGAGUGAAGCAGUGAGUGAAGCAGUGAGUGAAGCAGUGAGUGAAGCAGUGAGUGAAGCAGUGAGUGAAGCAGUGAGUGUGUGCAUGAACACAUGAGAGAUGUGAAGAGCUGAAGGAUGAAAUAAAGAGAAUCUGUGGAGGAACAGAUGAAGUCGCUUCUGCUUUAAUUCCUCAUCAACAACAAACUCAGUCAUGGCUCAGGACGGGGGGGUUCAGUACGAGCCUGUGGCGGAGAUCGGAGGGGGGGCGUAUGGGACGGUGUAUAAAGCCAGGGAUACGAGGAGCGGGAAGUUUGUGGCCCUGAAGAGCGUCCGAGUGCAGACGAACCAGGAGGGACUGCCCCUGUCCACGGUGCGAGAGGUGGCCCUGCUCCGGAGACUCGAACAGUUCGACCAUCCCAACAUCGUCAAGUUGAUGGACGUGUGUGCCAGUCUGAGGACGGAGCAGGAGACCAAGGUCACUCUGGUGUUUGAACAUGUGGAUCAGGAUUUAAAGACCUACCUGGAGAAGGUUCCGGCUCCAGGACUCCCCAUCCACCAGAUUCGGGAUAUGAUGCGUCAGUUGCUGUGUGGUUUGGAGUUCCUUCACUCUCACCAUGUUCUUCACCGAGAUCUGAAGCCGGAGAACAUCCUGGUAACGAGCCGCGGCGAAAUCAAACUGGCGGACUUCGGCCUGGCACGGAUAUACAGCUGCCACAUGGCACUCACACCCGUGGUGGUGACGUUGUGGUACCGCUCCCCGGAGGUUCUGUUGGGUUCCAGUUACGCCACUCCUGUAGAUCUGUGGAGCACCGGCUGUAUAUUUGCUGAGAUGUUUUUAUGCAAGCCGUUGUUUCGUGGGGAAUCAGAAGUGGAUCAGCUGACCAAAAUAUUUUGUCUGAUUGGUCUGCCGAGUGAGGAGGAGUGGCCUACUGAUGUCACCCUGUCACAGCAAAACUUCAGUGCUCAGAAUCCUCAGCCAAUCAGAGACCAGAUCCCUGAGAUUAGCGAUGAUGGAGCCGACCUGCUAACGAAAAUGUUAACCUUUAACCCUCUGAGGAGAAUUUCGGCACACAAAGCUCAGGAGCAUCGAUUCUUCACUGAUCAUUCCUAAACAUAAUCCUCUCAGCUGAAGGUGCGCAGGAGUGCAGGAGUGGUUGCGGUACAACUUCUUUCAUUCUGGUUCAGUCCGGGAUUUGUUAUUGAUGUUGAUCAGGUUCUGUGAGUCACACAAACCAAAACUGAUCAGAAAUCAGCUUCAUUUUACUCAUCACAGCUGUACAUGAAGGGAACUGUUAGUAUUAUUAUUAGUAUUAUUAUUAGUAUUAUUAUUAUAUGGGGGUGAUUUUGGUGCCAAAAACUGUUCAACAAAAAUAUGAUAUUUACAAAGUAGAUCAAUUUAAAAACAGAUGAUAUUUAGAAUCAAUGAUGUUUGAGAGUUUCUGAUCAUUUUAAUUUUUUUGCUUUCGACAUUUAAAUUAUUCACUAUUAUUUAUGAGGAGGGAAAAUGAGCAGAGCCUGUUGUGGCGUGUGGGUGUGGAGUUAUGACCUAAUGCAUGGACUAUGGGGGUAUUGGAUGGUUUUUAGGAGGUGUUGGGGGGGAGUUAUUGUUCAUCUGUUUUUAGAUUUUGAGAAUAUUGUGUGAUUAUCUGGUUGGAUGUUUUUGACACUGAAUGAACUCAUUAUUAGAUGUUGAAUAUUUCCAGUACUAAAUCAGGGUCGAUGUUGGAGGAAUAAAAGCGAAACUUUACCGUUACUCAGCGAACACUGCCGUCUUUACUUCAUACUGUUAAAUAUCACACAGAAAUAAACUCGCUGCUGAAGCUCCAGCACUACACCUGAACUAAUGCUGAUCUAAAAUCAGAAUGAUUUCUGUAGUAUUAUUAUUAAUAUCAUUAGUUCUCUCAUUACUAAUGAUAAUAAAAUAAUGACUGUAAGGUGCUGAAAUCGAUCAUUUCACUGAAUUCAUCGUUUCAUGGUGUGAUUUACACUUCUAAAAAAACACAAAUCACA